GAGGGGGUCCCAUCUCCCAAUCUUGAUCUGCAAUCACCGCAACGACUCUACCUCAAGGCGGCCACCAACCCUGCCUGCGGCCUGCAUGGGUCACUGGGCAGCCGGCAUUCCACCCUCAAGGGUCGCUGCAGAGAGCUGGAGGUGACGGGCACUUGUCCGGGGGGGAAUCCAGGAACACGCAUGUCACAACACCCCCGCCGAUGAGGGGGAGUCGUGCUUCCGGGGUAGAGCGAACUGGCACAGCAGGGGAGGGAUACAUGCAUGAUACGGGCGGUCAUUGGGAGUUCGGAGGAGAUGGGUCAGAGGAUGGGGGUGGCGGUGGUAAAGAUACUGCAUCAGGCGCUACAGGAUUGGCAGCCGGCACAACGGGAACGCCUUCUCAAGAACAAGCACCGACGAGUGUCAUGCCUCCUUCCACCGGACAAUGCCAGAAGGCGCCGACGCCAUCGGCCCCGCUGAAGAAGAACGGUCCUUGGACAUUGGAGGAGCGAGUGAAGUUGGCGACGGUGGCGGUCGAGGAUAAUGCGUUGAUGGCUGACGCGGAAGGUCCUCAAAGACACAUGACGAGAUGUAGAAGAUGGCAGUGGACCACGGACCGGAUGAGGGAGGAGGGGUACUCCAGGACAGGGGAGGAUUGCAGAAAGAAGUGGGCCGAGCUUGUGAAGAAGGUGAGGGAGAUCCGCGAUGCUUAUGAGGGGUCAGGGCAACAGUCAUAUUUCGAUUUAACGACGGACGAGCGGAGGAAGAAAGGAGUGUCGCUGACGUUCGAGAACCAGUUUUGGGAUGCCAUGGAAUGGUAUAGGUUAAAGGCAUCGGUGAGAUGCGACAACACCAUGGCAUCUGAGGAUUUGAGAGGGGUAGGGUCAAUGUCGGGUAGUGAAGGGGGAUCGGAAGGCGGGGGGACAGAUGCUUCUGAUGGCAGUGCGAAGACUCGUAGGACGUCGUUGGGGAAGGCAUGUGGAGGGGAAUCGGCGGCGAAUAUGCACGGGGUGGCAUCGGCUAUAGAGGACUCAACGAGGGCUGUCUGCGAAGGUUUGGACCGUGCUGUCGGCACGCUCGCGCGUGCAACUACUGAAGGUGCCAGCAUGAUGGCCGCAUGCAUGGGCGACAUGGUGACGGGAAUAGGGGCGGUUGUGGGGGCGAUGCAGCAAGGGAACGUCGUUCUGGAGAUGCUGGUUGGAGUGAUGGCGGGGAGAGGGUCUCAACGUGGGAGGGGGGUGGAUGAGGGGGCUGAAACGGACCCCUCCUUGAGGUAGGGAGCCGAUUUUUUGGAACGGAUCGUGGAAGGGGUUGAACCGUAGUGGAGGAGAUCGCUUUUAGCACAAUGACAAGAAAACAGGGAAAAAAAAAUGAAUGUACGUUUCGACC